GCAGCAGCAGCUGUACAGUUGCAGUUGCAGAGGAGCACAGACCUGGUCGACAACUUUCAUACGCCGCCACCGACGAAGGCGUUUGUCCCGUUGUGGUCACGUCACGGCCGCGCAAGCUUUUGAGGUAGUGUCGUCUCGGCCAUGUGGCUCCUGGACUGGAUCUUCUCCAUCAAUACAGCUGUGGUGAAGCUUGCCAGCGGUCUGACAUGCAAACCGGAGCCUCACGGUCGAGGAGGCGGCUCUCAGACGGGUCAGGCGGAUUCUCCUCUCCCAGAACAGGAUGAGGAGAUCCUGGGCUCAGACGACGACGAGCAGGAGGACCCCAACGACUACUGCAGAGGUGGAUAUCACCACGUGAAGAUCGGAGAUCUGUUCAACGGGAGGUACCAUGUGAUCCGGAAGCUGGGCUGGGGACACUUCUCCACCGUGUGGCUCGCCUGGGACAUCCAGGAGAAGCGUUUUGUGGCCAUGAAGGUUGUAAAAAGUGCCGAACAUUACACCGAAACAGCUCUGGAUGAGAUCAAGCUGCUCAAAUCUGUGAGAAACACGGACCCCAAUGACCCCAACAGAGAGAAGGUGGUGCAGCUGCUGGACGACUUCAAGAUUUCGGGAAUGAAUGGAACUCAUGUGUGCAUGGUAUUUGAGGUUUUGGGCUACCACCUUCUGAAGUGGAUCAUCAAGUCGAAUUAUCAAGGCCUGCCCCAGCCUUGUGUUAAAAGGAUCAUACAACAGGUACUGCAGGGUUUGGACUACCUCCAUACCAAGUGUAAGAUCAUCCACACAGACAUCAAGCCGGAGAACAUUCUGCUGACCGUCAACGAGCCCUACAUCAAGAAGAUGGCUGCUGAAGCCACGCAGUGGCAAAAGACUGGAGCCGUGCCUCCCUCGGGUUCUGCAGUGAGUACAGCUCCAGCACCCAAACCGAUGGCCAAAAUGUCAAAGAACAAAAAGAAGAAGAUGAAGAAGAAGCAGAAGAAGCAGGCUGAGAUGCUGGAGAAGAGGAUCCAGGAGAUGGAGGGAGGAGUGAUUCCCGACGGCGGCGGAGAAGACGAGGAUGAGGAGGAGACCACGGAGGAUACGACCUCCUCAGCCACACUCUCUGUCUCCACCACGCUGCAAGACAUCGCUAACCCUGCUAACACAGACUCGACUCCUGACGAGCAGCCCCAGGAGACACCACAGGUACGUACGGGGGAGAACAAGAUGGACGUCAACUGCAACGGGCACGCCUCCCCGGAGGAGAAAACGACCACUUCAGAGGAGCAAGGGACCAAGCAGUCAGCCGAGGAACGGGAGGACCAACAGAACGCGAACCAACCGGAGGGCGACGCGGAGACCUGCGACACGUUAUGCAACAAAGACGAGCGCCAGACCUGUAACGAUUCCCACGAGGAGCCCGACACCGACCUGCAGCAACCGCCCGCCUCCGUCAGCCCGGACUCUGUCUCUGUGGAGCUGAAGGAGGAAGACAGGAAGGAGGGGAUGGACGCUCAAGGGGAGACUAAAAGAGGGAAUGACGAAGCGGACAGCGAGAACGGUGCAGCAGGCAAUUUGUUAGUAAACCCCCUGGAGCCUGUCAAUGCCGACAAGCUGCAGGUGAAGAUUGCUGACCUUGGCAAUGCCUGCUGGGUGCAUAAACACUUCACAGAUGACAUCCAGACACGGCAGUACCGGUCUCUUGAAGUGCUGAUGGGAGCCGGCUACAGCACGCCGGCAGACAUCUGGAGCACAGCCUGCAUGGCCUUUGAGCUUGCUACUGGAGACUAUCUGUUUGAACCACACUCUGGAGAGGACUACUCUAGAGAUGAAGACCACAUAGCGCUGAUCAUCGAGCUGCUCGGUAAAAUUCCUCGGAAGCUGAUCUUAGCAGGGAAAUACUCCAAGGAGUUUUUCACCAAGAAAGGCGACCUCCGUCACAUCACCAAGCUGAAGCCGUGGGGCCUGUUCGACGUCUUGGUAGAAAAGUACGAGUGGUCCAAGGAGGAGGCCCACUCUUUCAGCAGCUUCCUGCUGCCCAUGCUGGACCUGGUGCCUGAAAGGAGGGCCACUGCAGCCCAGUGCCUCUCCCAUCCAUGGCUCACAUCCUAGAAAGCCACGCGCCCCUGCACACCGCUCCCCCUUCCAUCGUCAAAGGAUACAUUUAGGUUUUAAGGCCCUGGAGCUGAAAACACACACACGGUAAACAAAAAAACAUUUAUGUCUGCAGGAACGCCCGCCACCGUUGCCAGCGCUCUGUCAUCAUGGCUCUCACAAGGCCCGACCCACACACCCCCUGGAAGCUUCCAAACAAUAAAGAGAGACACUGCUACUGAGUCUUGGUUCCUGUUAUGGAUUACACUGGUUAUCGAAGGAGCUCCACGUCCUCUUCCUGUAUUUAUAGCUCUUUUUACCAGCUGCGUAGAACGUAUCAAUUUUGCUGCCUGUUUUUUGUUUUUUUUUAAUUUUUUUUUUCUGACUUCAGCUCUUCCUCUGCUACACAUUACUCUCUGUGUUUUGGCUGUAGAUAAUUGACUGCGAAGAUUGGAAAAAGAAAUAGCACUUUUCUACAAGGAACACUGAGAUUGCCAUCGAAGCCGCACACUGUAAAUCUCCCCGAUUGCGCCAAAGCUGUUCCGUGUCAGCCAGUCCUCAUGUUAGGUGUGCCGGCUUUUACCCCUUUGGCUUUAAAUUGUGUGCAACGUGCUCAGAAUUAAUAACUUAAUAGCUUAUUGCUACGUAGAACAGCGAGUAAUCAGUGUGAGUAACUCCACCACAACAUAUUUUGUACAUUUGUAUACAGACGGCACUACAGGACUAGAAGUCAUACAUUUCAUACACCGAGGAGAUUGAUCCUGAAUGACUGACUGAGAAACUCAGAUUGUGGUUUCGGAGUUUAGUCCUGUCGUCUUGGGGAAAGGAGGAUGCGCCCGGUGCAAUAUAAUGUGGACAAAAAAAAUCGGAUUUCUUGGCAGAACUUUUCUGAAAGCCGUUUCAUAGCCACUUCACGGUUUAGCUUUCCGCUUAUUUACACUUCACACGUAAAAAUCAAACUCUCGUGUAGAUCUACCAAAGCGUCGGCCUUUAGUUUUCUGCAGAGGACGCGUUGCACAGGUUCUGAACAGAUAGCGGUGUACAAUGAAGGCUGAAAAGCUUGAGCCAUUCUUUUUUACACAUUUUAGAAAUUCUUUGUAUUUUGCUUUCGGUUGGGUUUCCAGAUGAAUGAAAUACUACUUUCAUGUUAGUUUUGAAAAUACUAGAUUGUACUAAAAUAUUGUCAUAAGGCGUCAGAUCCCGACGGAGCCAUGUUGCUUGUUUUUCUACUGUCUCCUCUGUCCGUGUCUCUCCACUUCACUUGAGUAUUUUUUUCUUUAGGAAAUAAGAAUAAACAUUUUUUUUUUUCAAACUAAA